AUGAGAAAACUUUCUUUUAUAGCUGACACUACAUCCACCACUAUAAAAUGGAGCAAUAAGAACUUAAAAGCAAUCCCAGUCGAAAAACUUCCGAAUGCACUCGAAAAUCUUAGUAUUUCCAACAAUCCAAUUUCAGAUCUAAGUAUCCUUCCUAGAUUUCAUACAUUACUUCGACUCAGCUGUGAUGGAACACUCAUAUUUACGUUUGAAGGUGUUGUUGAUCAGCCUAGACUUAAUUCUGUGAGUUUAAUAAAUACACCAAUUUCUACUCUUCCAUGCUUUCGUUUAAUGGCAUCAAUUGCAUUUGGUAGAUCAGUGGUAAUGAUAAAUGGUGAACCGCUCUCAAUCAGCGAUGGUAUCUUAAGGGCUACAUACGGACCUGUUAUUAAAUCUUGGCUUUUCAAGGGAUACGUGGUAAUAUCACUAGAUCCGUUGAUAAUUUACAAUCCAAAGACAAAAGAAAGGAAAAAACUUAAUAUUGGCCCAAUUGGAGAAGAAAUCGUUGAACCAGCUGGAAAACAAGGUCCUAUCGAUAAUAUUGUUGAUGAUGUUAUUGAUGAUAUAUCAAGUCAUGGAAAACCUAAUAAGAAACGAAGUGCAUUAAAAUUAUCACGACAACAAGCAGAAAAACUUAACUACUAUAAAGAUAAGAAAGCUAUCAUGGGCUCGUAUGAUAUUCAAACCAAUAUUGAGCUUCCAUUUCCAAGUUAUCAUUAA